CCUUGUAUUCAGUUUACUAUCAAAAUCAUCUAUAUCAAUUCAAUAAUUCGAUUUCUACAUUGUGUGCCGGCAACGACGGAAUACUGAGACCGUAAAUUGUGGGCCAUUCUACAGAACGGCAAUACGCUAACGUUCCUACAAUGGUAUCCCUAAACUGGAAUUUUCUGUUAAUAUCCUUGACUUCUUGUGGACUACUGCGAGCAACACUAGCUCAAAGUGGUUCGGCAUACGCCGGCGGCAAUCCUUCCAACUACGGCUCCUCAGGCGGCAACUACGGCAGUGGCGGUGGCAACAACUAUGGCGGCGGUGGAUACGGUGGCGGUUCCGGAUGGGGCGGCGGCGGCGGCGGUCUGGGCGGCUAUGGUGGCUUCUACGGCGGGGGACUGUUAGGCGGUCUUGGCGGCCUGGGCGGGCUCGGUCUUCUGGGUGGACUGGGAUUGGGCUUCUUUCCUCCUAUCGGGUUAAUGGGCCUGAUGAACAGCGGUUUCAACACGGAGACGGUCAGCAUCACUGGUCUGCCGCCGUGGGGCUUUAUGGGCGGUGCCGGGGGCGGCGGUGGUCUGCUGGGCGGUCUGGGACUGGGCAGUUUGGGAUCAUUCGGGCAAGGCUUCGGCACGGGAUAUCCGGGAGGCGGAUACGGUGGAGGAGGAUAUGGAUCAGGAGGCAGUGGUUAUGGCAGCGGUGGGUCAUAUGGAAUGGGAGGUGGGUCGUACGGUGCUGGCGGAUCGGGCUAUGGUAGUGGCUCCGGAAGCGGUUCGUAUGGUAGCGGUGGAUCGUAUGGAACGGGAAGCAGUUCGUAUGGAACGGGAAGCAGUUCAACGGGAGGUUACGGUGGCUCAAAUAAUCUUAUUAGUAUCCGUGACAAAAAUAACCCCGAUGUUGAUACUCGCAGAUAAAGCUGGUUGACUUUUGUGAACUGUAUUUUCUGUACAUUUCGUCUUCGUGUUCUACCAGUUUCCGUGUACACUGACCCUUUAUUUUUAUUCUACUGACAAAUAAAUUACCAGUAAGCAAUUAUAUUAUGUUUUCUGCCCAAUUGUCAAUAUCCCACUUUGCAAGGUCAUUCUACUGA